GAGACGAGCAACAGCCCAUGUGUACUUCAGUUGGUUGAUACUGAGCUGCGAUGGGAAGUCACACCGAGCAUUCGCGGAUGAACGGACCGCUCUAUCAUUCACUUCCCUCGGAGCCGUGCCGCGUAAACGAUCAUCCCGCGGUAUGAGGGGUGAGGUAAAGUAUACAUGCGAACGUUUACUCAAAGAUGUGAAGACAAUGCACAUCUCUCCUUGACUGCAGGAAUCAAACGCCCUCCACAUAGACGACAAAUAUCGAUCAGACCAGCUCUAGACACCCUCACCAUAAGGAACACCGAUACAACUCCCAUCCACCUCCUACUCCCCUACUUCAAAGUACCUCCACCAUGCCGUACGAAAGCACCAUCAACUUCACCCUCGACACAAUCUGUCCAUGGACCUACCUCGCCAAACGUCGCCUAGCCAAAGCCCUCGCCCAAAUACCCCAAGACACCACCUCCACAACCUUCACAGUCAAAUACCUCCCCUACCAACUCUACCCCUCCGCCUCGCAAACCGGCGAAGACAAAUACGCCUGGUACAAAAAGUCCCGCUACGGCGACUCCGCCGAGAAAAUGAAAGUCUACGAAACCCUCAUGACCGCCUACGGAAUCGGGGAGGGGAUCGACUAUAAAUUCACCGGCACCGUAGCGAAUACCAUCCACGCGCAUCGUUGUAUAUACGUAUUUCAAGAGAAGUAUGGUCCCGAGGUGGUGGAUAAGUUCGUGGACAGUUUGUACCGCCAGUUCUUUGAGGAGGAGAAACAUCCGAGUAGUCAUGACACACUGCUGGCGGCGGCCAGGGAGGCGGGGAUUGAGGAUGGAGAAGCGAGGAGGGUGAUUGUGGAGGAUGAGGAUGAGGGGUUGAUGGAUACGAAGAUGUUGAUUAGGGAGCAGGCGGGCAAUGCGAUUGACUCGGUGCCGUAUAUCGUUAUUGAUGGGAAGAGGAGGGAUGUGACGUUGCAGGGGUGUAGAGAGGUGCCGGAGUAUGUCAAGGCUUUGGAGCAGGUCGUUAAGGAGAAUUCGUAG